UAAAUAAUAAUAUGAGCACAACCGAAGUCAAUUCAUCUAAGUUAAGGAAGAUGGACAGGAGAGCAUCAAAAUUUCAGACUUCGAAAGCCUUAAUGUUUGUGUCUGAGAGGGAACCAGAUAAGAUAGGAAUGGCAAUAGAGUGAAUAAAGAGCUCAUCUCCUCAACGUCACCUAACUCAAAAACCAUCACCAAAGAAGGUUCAAACUCCUCUUUCACCAGUUUCUCCAAAUAUCCACCGCAAUGAUUUGAUCCCUCAGGAUUUCUUAAAAUUCUACAACUCCCUCGUAGAAUAUGACCAAAUAAAGAGCAAGCUCAGAGAUAUGACCAAGCAGCUAAAAUGUGGUGCGAUGAAGAACAAACUUCAUAAAAGGAAGAGAAAUUAUCUUAAAAUGCAUCCCAAGGUCCUAUUCCAAAACAGACAUGAAAAAUGAAAAAUAAGGGUAAAAUCCACGUGGAUACCUGAGAUAAAAAGCUACCCAUGUCAGAGGAAGCCGCUUGUCCCGCUAUCAGGGUCAGACUCCUUCUCUUCCAUUCAGAAAGUAUCCUUGUUAUCCAGUCCGAAGGAUUUUUACACCUCGAUAAGAAAGAAGCUCAAUUCAUCGAUGGAUUAUAAUAAGCGUGCAGAAAAAUGCCUAAGCAUGCCAGGUUCACCAGAAAAGGACUUGUUGAGUUGUGAUGGGAGGAACCAUACAUCCCAGGCAUCCAUAAGGUAUGUUAAGACAAAAUCCAGCACUAUGGGUAGCACUGUUGCUAAUUUCAGUACUUCCACCCAAAAGUUCAUUACAAAAGAUAGUGAAAAAUCUACUAAGGCUCGGCAGAAGGGGAGGAAAUUGCCAGCUUUGAGACUCAAAGGAAGGCAAUAUAGACGAUCACAGAAGAGGAAAAUUCAGUUAACCUCUGUUUACGUAUAGCUC